UGAAAAAAUGCGCUAAAUUUGACUUGAAAAUGAGUUUACAAUUGAAAUCUAAAGUUAGACUUGCAAUUAUUGGAUUGACAAUUGGAUUGACAGUUGAUAAAUGGUUAACGAUACUCAAAGUUUGUCCAUUUGUCUUGGAGUUAAUCUUAUCCUUUAGCCUUGGAUUGAUGAUUCAAAUUGUUAAUCAGUUUUGUUUCAAUUGAUUGUCUUUACGUUUUUUUUGUUGAACAAAAUCAUUUCAUUUUGUCUUUUCAUUUUUUUACAGAAGAGAAGGAAAAGAAAGAUAAAGGAAGAGAAAAGAGAGAGAAAAGAAAGAAGUAAAAAGAAGAGGAAGAUAAGUGUUUAAUCACCUUUGUCUCCUCCUUCACCGGAUUGAAGGGAAGAAAAAAGAAAGAAAAAGAAAGAAGAUGAAAAAGAUGAAGAGAAACUGCCAAUCAUCUGAAAGAUGUGAGUCUCUGUCACCGCCUUAAAGGAGCAAUCGGCAUUUCAUGAUGAACAAUCAAACAAUUUCAACUCUUGCUGAUUGUCAAAACAUUUCACCAUCAUCAUCACCAACAAAGACAAUAUCAUCUUUAAUAUCAAUAUCAGUAUCAUCAUCAUCUUCAUCUUCAUCUCCGUCAUCAACAUCGAGUCCUUUAACGAUAUCCAAAUAUAAUAUUACCAAUCAACAAAUGACUACAACUGAUCAACAAGUUGAUCAACAUCAUCAACCUAAUCAUCAUCAUCACCAUCAACAUUUAAAUCAGCAAAAUGAUAAACAAACAUUCGAUCAACAGGAUUCAGUAAGCAAAUAUGACAAUUCAAAUAAAGCUGAAAAUCGUUUGAUUCAACCUGAUAUCCAUCAUCGCCAUCACCAUCACCAUCAUUCACACCAUCACCAUCACCACCAUCAUAACCACCGAUCAAUGGAGUUAGUGUUUAGGAAUAUUAUUCUGUAUGAACCUUUUAAUGUGAAAAGUAAUGGACUUUUUUGCUCCAAAUCAUCUUGUCUUGCCAGUAAAGGUGAGGAUGUUUCAAUUACAAUAGAUGAUGAUAAACGUAAUCAAGUCAACAGUUAUGAUAGCUGUUCAACGGCAACCUCAAGUUUAACGGAAAACAGACGCAUUUUGGACGAUAUUAAUGGUUAUGCCAGGCCAGGUCAAGUUCUUGGUAUUAUGGGUCCAUCAGGAUCGGGUAAAUCAAGUUUAUUAAAUGUUUUAUCCGGAAGAUUAAAGCCUGAUCAAGGUUGUAUUACACUUGCUGGUGAGAUGCUUAAUAAAAGGAUGAAACGAAAGAUUAAUUAUGUCCUUCAACAUGACAUUUUCCUACCUAAUUUAACUCUUAGACAGACUCUUAAGUAUAACGCUAUUCUUCGUCUACCUGAAUCAAUGAGUUACUCUCAGAAGAUGAAGCAAGUUGAUAAUAUUAUUGACAUUCUGGACCUGGGUCAAUGUAUGGAUACCAUUAUUGGUGAUGCUUCACGACGAGGUUUAUCUGGAGGUGAAAAGAAACGAGCCAACAUUGCUUGUGAACUUUUAUCAAAUCCAAGUGUAAUGCUUUUAGAUGAACCAACAUCUGGCUUAGACUCCAGCACUGCCUUAGGAAUAAUGAAAUUUUUAAAGGAAUACGCAAUGAAAGAGCGUAAAAUUGUGAUUAUCAGUAUUCAUCAACCUUCAUCUCAGAUAUUUUAUCUGCUUGACAAAUUAUUGUUAUUAUCCAAUGGUAAUUUGGCGUAUUUUGGAGACUCCCAUUCGGUUGUUCCUUUUUUCUCUUCAAUCGGCUUUGAAAUCACUCCAAAUUAUAAUCCGGCUGAUUUUAUGAUGGAAACUAUUAAGGGAAGCAAACAAGACCAAGAAAAGAUAAUAUCAGCUGCUCGUCGAUUAAGUAAAUUACCUUUAACCCAACGAUCGAGACCACCUUCACUUUCAUCAUCUUCAUCGCCAUCGUCUCAUCAAAUGAAAACAUCUUCCAUUGACCACCAUUCUCAAGAUUCCGAUGAUAAUUCCCAAUCUGAACUUAAUCCCCAUCCCCAUCAUCAACAUAUUCAGCAUCAUCAUUCUCAUCAAAGACGUCAUCAUCAUCGCCAAGAUUCACUUUCAGAACAUCAUCAUCAGACGGAACCAGACAAUCAUCAUGAUUCGAAUUGCGAUGAGGAUGACAUUGACAAUCGGGUUCCUGUAACACCUCCCAAUGGUGAGUUUGUUGGUGAUCAUGACCGGGCAGAUACAAAUCCUCUAUGGCCUGAUGGACAUGAAUCGUCUGAUGGACACGACACUAAACCUCCUGGAUCAACAGAGCUUAGAGUAAUAAUCGAUCCUUGUAAAAAGUUGACAAAAAUUUAUACCAAAAUCGGUUAUGAUGAUGAUUCGGGAAGAUCCAGUUGGACCGAAACUGAUCGCCUUUCAACAGCAACCUUUUCUUCUUAUUCAUUGGCAGCCUCAAAUGAUGAAAUGAACUACGCAGGAAGUAGGUUAAGUCCAUCAUCACGUUACUCUUCAACUGGUCGUAUUGUAGGCAAUGAAGCUUACGGUAAAUGGCCAACCUCUUUUUGGACUCAAUGUAAAGUAUUAAUGCAGCGAAAUUUCCACCAAUCAAGGGGAAGAAUGCUUUCCAAAUUGAACUGGAUCCAAGCUAUUGUACUUGGAGUAAUUACAGGUUUAAUGUGGUUUCAAAUACCAAGGCAAGAAUCAUCCCUCAAUGAUAUCCGGGGUUGGAUGUUUUUUGCAACUUCAUAUUGGCAGCUUUUCGCUCUAUUUGGUACACUUGUUUCUCUUCCCCCAGAGAAAGAAGUGGUAAAUAAAGAAAGAGCCUCUGGAUGUUAUCGCUUGUCUGCUUACUAUAUUGCCAAAUUGCUUGGAGAUUUACCGUCAAUAGUGGCUUUACCCACUGCCUUUUAUUUUAUAUCAUAUCCAAUGUUUAGUUUUUACUCCAUAACUCUUUUCAUAGUCCAAUGGUUUUUCUUUAUACUAAACUCUGUUGUCGCACAAACGAUGGGCUUUGUAAUCGGUGUAACCACAGGUAACCUCGAAGUAUCCAUGACAAUAUCAGCACUUUACUCCAUGUCAACCAAUCUAUUCGGUGGCUUCUACUCAAAUAUGGUACCAUCAUGGUUAACAUGGGCCAAAUAUUUGUCAAUUGUUCACUAUGCAUUUCAAAAUAUGCAAAUCAUCGAGCUCAUGUAUGGACCUCCGAUUAAGUGCUCGCCCAGUUUCUCUAGAUUCCCGAGUUGUAUAAAAAGAAAUGAAACUCUUCUAGAAGGAAAUGGACUGUUUAUAGCCAAAGAUGAACUUUUAAUGACAGUGGAAACGAUUGGCAGUACAACUGGUUUAGAGUCAAUUGGUUUAAAUACAUUCAUUUUACUCUGUUUCCUGACGUUUACCCAGAUCUUUGGUUAUAUAAUUCUGAGAUACGUUCGCAAAAAGUGAAUUUUUCAUCUAAUUAUAACAAUUAAUUAUUCUGCUUGCCUUGAUAUUUUCAAGUUAAACUGAAAAUGAUAUUUUCUAAAAGAAACACAUCACAUCAUUUUCACAAAAAAACAAAAACAUUAUACAAAUUACAAAAUAAAAAUUAUUACAAUGCUCAUGUUUGUCUCCUAAAAACUGAAUAGUUAUAUACUCAAUAAAAAACUAUUCAAUCGAUUAUCGAA